AUGGAAAACCUCCUCACCUGGAAACGAUUUUCCUUCCUCUUGCUAGGACUUCUAACAGCCAUCAUCCUCUGGCCCACGACCAAAUCUGCUUAUGAAGGAUUUAACCUCCCGAAAGGUCCCGCCAUAUCUUCACUGAGGUCGAGUGAACUUCCGCUGGAUGCUCACCACGACAUCGUCGACACCUUGACUGCCGAUCAAUGCGAUUCCGCAUUUCCAGGUCUUUUCUAUGAAGUAGAUCGAGCAGCCGAACACUUCCGCGAGUCCCGAACUUCAAUCACCAAAGAGGACGUCAACAUCACGUGGCGAUAUGGCGAAGAAGGGCAGGUCGCCGGUGCUAUGCGGAUUCUAAUACACGACAAUCAACUUCGUAUCCUCGAGACGCGCCAAAUUAUUGAUUCUCUCGGCUAUGCCGGCCGUGGCCUUCCUCUUCUAAACAUGCUUCAACGGGCCGUGGACUCCGCAACAGCAGGCGGAGAGAAACUUCCCACCAUCGAGGCAGCUAUCAUAGUGGAGGACAUUUCAGACCCCCCUGAGAAUGGCACACACUCCUUCUGGACUUUCGCGCGUAGUUUGACGAAAGAAUCCCACCAGCGGCUCUGGUUGGUGCCGAACUUCGACUUUUAUGUUCAGAGCGAGGGCGCCUUUGAGGAGGUUCGCAGACGAGGUGCUGCUCGGGAUGCUCCUUUCACCGAGAAGAUUCAAAAAGCCAUCUGGAGAGGUCAAGCUUGGGUCAACCACCCACUUCGUGAUAGUUUGCUUGAUGCCGGCAAGGGCAAACCCUGGGCCGACUUCAUAGACACUCAAAUGGAUCAUACAGCCUGGUUGAAGCCUGAUGAGGUAUGCAAGUAUGCUAUGAAUGUGCAUACCGAGGGAGUCUCCUAUUCUGGACGAUUGGCGAGUCUAUCGCUGUGCAAUUCUCUGACUUUUGUCCACGAUUUGGAAUGGACGGCACACUUCUAUAAUUUACUGAAACCGGAUGGACCGGAGCAAAACUACGUACCUGUUAAGCGGGACUGGACAGACCUAGAGGAGAAGAUACAACAUUACAUGAAUAACCCGAGGGAGGCAGAAAAGAUCAUUCAGAAUUCCGUGGACGUACUUCGGAGCAAGGCACUCUCAAGAGCGGGCACAUCGUGCUACUUCAGGAAGCUGAUACAGGGGUACAGCACCGUAUCAUUCACGCCAGAAGUCUACAGACCAGUCAAACAAGGCCAGUUGCCGAGACGAAGAGGACUUUCAUUCGAGGCUUUCAUGACGAUGAGGAACGAUUUGCACCAUGAAGACAUGGAUUUGUUGGAUGUUCUGGAGGGAAUUAAUGCGGGAACUGAUUGA